GUGGAGAGCUGUAUCUUGCAGAUGCUUGGCUCCCUCUGGUUGUGCCUGUGGUCUUUUGCCCCGUCUGGCUCAGCUGGCUCGGCUGUCCCUGGUGGGGAUGUCCUGUCUCUUUGCUGACUCUCUGUCCAUGUUCCUGUCCAGGAGGCAGAGGCUGCAGUGAGCCACUGCAGUGAGCCACUGCAGUGAGCCCCUGCGGGAACCUGCCGGGCCGGGGACGGGGGAUGGUGCUGUCUGUGGGAUGAGUGCCAGCUGGGGGCGCGGGAACAUGGAUGUGGGGUGCAGAGCACUGUUCCUGUGAUGUUCCUGUGAUGUUUCUGUGAUGUUGUGCUUGUAUGCUGACACAGCCCCUUGUGUCUCCUCUCCUCUUUCCGAGGUAACGGACACCGCUGACCCCGGGGCACAGGCCCAGCAAGGACUGGGGUUUCAGAAGCUGCCGGAGGAGGAGCCAGAAGCAGAUCUCAGCCCCGGGCUCCCAGCUGCCCACCUCAUAGGCGCUCCGCUGAAGGGGCAGGGGCUAGGCUGGGAGGCGACGAAGGAACAGGCGUUUCUGACGAGCGGGACGCAGUUCUCGGACGCCGAAGGGCUGGCGCUCCCGCAGGACGGCCUCUAUUACCUCUACUGUCUCGUCGGCUAUCGGGGCCGGGCGCCCCCUGGCGGCGGGGAACCCCGGGGCCGCUCGGUCACGCUGCGCAGCUCUCUGUACCGGGCGGGGGGCGCCUACGGGCCGGGCACUCCCGAGCUGCUGCUCGAGGGCGCCGAGACCGUGACUCCCGUGCUGGACCCGGCCGGGAGGCAAGGGUACGGGCCUCUCUGGUACACAAGCGUGGGGUUCGGCGGCCUGGUGCAGCUCCGGAGGGGCGAAAGGGUGUACGUCAACAUCAGUCACCCCGAUAUGGUGGACUUCGCGAGAGGGAAGACUUUCUUUGGGGCCGUGAUGGUGGGGUGAGGGAAUAUGAGUGCGUGGUGCGAGUGUGUGAAUAUUGGGGGCCCGGACGCCCAGGACCCCAUGGCAGUGGGAAAAAUGUGGGAGACUGUUUGGAAAUUGAUUUUGAGCCUGAUGAAAAUAAAGAAUGGAAAGCUUCAGUGCUGCGGAUAAA